AUGUGGUACGGGUUUCAGUUCAAAGUAAUUCUUCAUGAUGCAGUUCGGCCAUUUGUAGAUGAACCAACUUUACGGAGUGUGACUGAAGCUGCUAAGAAACAUGGAGCAGCUGGUGUCAUCAGGCCACUGUCGUCGACAGUUGUAGCACAGUCAUUUGACGGAUUUUUGGAUCAUUCACUCGACAGAACAAAGUUCAGAUCAAGUGAAAUGCCACAAGCUUUUCAGUAUGACAUCAUUGAAAAAGCCUACAAAGAGUGUACAGAAUAUGACUUUGAGCAUGGCACAGAAUGUCUGCACUUGGCUCAAAAGUAUGCUAAAACAAGCGCUGCAUUAAUUGAUGGUCCAGAUUCUCUGUGGAAGGUCACAUACAAGAAGGAUUUGUAUUCUGUCGAGGGUGUUUUAAAAGGUAUGUGCCAUUCUACUUUUAAUCAACAGUGAGUUACUUGUUAUCACAGUUUUUGUAACACUCCAAAUUCACUCGAGCUCGAUGUGUACACUCUAAAAGCACAUGGUUUUAUUCUAACACACUUCAUGUGAGUCACACUAAAUAUAUCAUCUAACAACAACUUCGUGUAAGUCGCACAGGAUAUAACAUCUCCCCCUUUUUGCGGUUGUCUACACAGUCCACAUACAAUAAAAUAAUAACACAGGAUGGCAAAAUCCAAUUCAGUGUUCCAGAGCCUUUAAAUCAAUCAGAACCAAAGUCUUGAGACUUAAUGUGAUUAAUUAAUGUUUAAAACUAGUA